AUGCAGGUCCACAAUCAGCUACCUCAACAACCUCUCCCCCAGAGCCAUGGGUAUGAGGAUUAUCAGCAUUUCCAGAAUGACAACUUUGUCCACCAACCGUUCAAUCAAUUCGCUCAGUUCAGUCAAAUCCCUCCGCAUAUCAACCAUCACAGUAGUUCUCUCGCCAAUUCUGGCAUGGUAUCUUCAGCUUCUUCCUUGCCAAACAAUUCAUCACUACCUUCGCUACCGUCUAUCGCAAUUGAUCCUAGUUUUUUUGACCCAAACGCCGCCAGCCUUUUCCCAGGAGCAUACCAUCAAUCCCUUUCUUCACUUUUCCAGAUGAACCAUUCUUCCCACUCUUUCGGUUCUUCAUUUGACGAUAUGCAGCCUCGAGGUCUCCAAGGUUUAGAAGUCGGACAUCUACAAGUGCGUGAUGUACCAUUUCAAGAUAUACCCUUCCAGCUUCCAAGUUCUCCUGUCUCUGGAUCCGUGUCUGGACACUCUGGUUUCUUUAUGAACCAGGCUCCCGCUUCUCCCGCCUCGGGCCACUCCAGCUUCUACGCAAGCGUACCUCCAGGCUCUCCAUCCUCUGGCCAGUCUGGCUUCAGUGCAAAUCCCAGCGUGAACCUCGUUCCUCUCUCACCUAACCCUGGCUUCUUUGCGAACCUUCCCCCGUCUUCUCCCAUUUCUCGCUUGGCCUCACCUCCUCCCCCCGUCCCAUCUAAGCUUACUGCAACUGCGCCCGCAAAGAUUGUCAAAUCGGGAAAACGGCCAUCUGCUGUGACCGUCAGAGAGACACUCCGGGCCCAGUUAGCAACAUCGUCAGGCAACGAAGUGAGCACAGAGCGUCUUAUCACCACAGACAGAAGGGUCAGUACAAAGGACGCUGGGACCCCACAGUCUGCAAAGGUGGACGACAGGCCACGUAAGCAGCCACGAUCUCAUAUUGAGGACAAUGUGUCCUUGAUGCAGAAGGUGAUGGAGCCUGUUGCGCAGGCUAUGCAAGGACAGCAAAGCCUUGCACAGGAGGCACUCCAAGUUAAGGGAGGUAAGGUAGCCGUGAGGCAUGCGAAGUACACAGCCAUAGCAGAACGUGCACGCAGCGACAGGCGGUCGAAAGAUAAGGAAGCCACUGUGUUGGAACACGAACAGUUCAAGGAGAAGCUGCAGUUAGUUAACAGAAGUCAGGUACAAAGGGAACGAGAACAGCGACAACAUGAGAAGGACAUGUUUGAAAUGAAAUUCAAACUCAUCCAAGCCGUCAAGGAUAUCCCUGGUGUGGAUAGUAGCAUCAUCUCUUCCCUUCUCGCCAACAACUCUACCUCGCCUGCUCCCUCUUCACUGGUGUCCAAUUUCUUUGAGCAGUCAAUUUCUGGCCCUGUUGCUUCCUCUUCCACUUCCAUAUCCACCUCUGCUUUCAAUUCUCGUGUAUUGGACAAUUAUAAAGAUUACAGCGGUGAUGAUGACGCUGAUGAUGACGCUGAUGACAAUGAAGACUCAAUGGCAGUUGAUGGGGGGUUGUACGAGUGA